AAGUUUGGUUAUUUCUGAAGUAAUAAAAUAGAGAAAAAGGAAAUUUAUUACAAAAUGCACUGCAAGAUUCAUUUUAAAUAAAUGAGUUCUGGUAUCUUAUAUAAAAUCUGUAGUACUUUGAUAGUUCAUACAUCGAAAAGAUUUAAAAGCUCUCGACCACUUCCGGAUACCUCAAAAAUGCAGGUAUUUACACAGAAACGUAACCCGAUAACCGGGAGCACGGAAUGGGACGUCCAACACGAAGACUAUGACUACCACCAGGAGAUCGCUCGUUCCGCUUUCGCCGACAUGCUUCACGAUACUGAGAGGAACCAGAAAUAUUACAGGGCUCUGAAACUUGCUAUUGAGAAAAUGCAUGCGGAUGGGAAGAAAGCUAGUGUGUUGGAUAUAGGUACCGGCACUGGACUGUUAUCCAUUAUGGCUGCACAAUGUGGUGCAGACUCCAUUGUGGCCUGCGAGGCUUUCAAGCCCAUGGCCGAAUGCUGCCUUAAGAUCUUAAACAGGAAUGGUGUGGCUGACAAAAUUACUGUCAUACCAAAACGGUCCACGGAGCUGACGGUGGGUGAAGACGGGGACAUGAAAGAGAGAGCUAAUAUUCUGGUUACCGAGGUGUUUGAUACUGAAUUGAUUGGGGAAGGUGCCCUCUCAACAUUCUCCCAUGCCCACAAACAACUGCUAGAAAAGGACUGCAUAGUGGUGCCCGACUCGGCUGUGAUAUACGUGCAGCUGGUAGAGUGUCCCACGCUGCAGAAGUGGAACAAGCUCAAUGACCUGGCGGAUGAGGAUUGUGAGAUUGUGUUGAGGACCCCACAAAAGAUGAAAUCCUGCGCCGGCUCAGCCGCCGUCCACGACCUGCAACUCUCCCAGCUGCCGCGGAGCGCCUUCAAAGAGCUCUCGGAGCCCCUCGCCAUAUUCUACUACGACUGGUCCGGGCGCACACCCAUAGACAUGAAGCGGACGGUCAAGCAGGACCUCUCGGUUUUGGACACUGGCGAGGCGCAGAUGGUGUUUAUGUGGUGGGACCUUAACAUGGAUACUGAAGGAAAAAUCUGCCUUAGCUGCGCACCCUGGUGGGCCCAUCCCGACGCUAACUUAACCAUAGAGAGGCCCCAAGACUCCAUCCCCUGGCGAGACCACUGGAUGCAAGCCGUCUACUACCUCCCCCAACCACUCCCCGUCAAGAAAUCCUCAGAGGUCACCCUCAUAUCUUGCCAAGACGAAUACUCUUUAUGGUUCUAUCUAGAAGACCAAAACACUAAAUAUAAAAACUAUAAAAGACCCAUCUGCGAAUGUGGUGUACAUAUGGCCUUAUCGCGGACCCAGGUCUCAUAUUUAAACGAUGGGAAACGAAGCAAGAAAUUCCUAGCGCGGAUAAAAGAAGAACUGAACAGCAAUUCAGUGGUUCUAGACUUAAAUGGAAGCAGUUUCUUAGGACUAGCUACUGCUAAACUGGGAGCGAAAAUGGUUUAUAUCGUUGAAGAUAUGAAUAUAAACCUGGGGAUUUUGUCCGAUUAUGCUACAGAGAAUAAGAUAAGCAACGUCAAGUUUAUACCAGAAGUUAAUGAAGAAGUUUUAAAAGAAUUGACGUUAAUUGUUGCUGAUCCUAGUUUCAGUAGUGCGAUAUUGCCUUGGGAGAAUUUGAAGUCUGCCUUCAUCCUCUAUAAGCACAGGGAUGGUGUUAAGCCACAUGUGGAGAUGGUCCCGGAGGCCUGCGAGAUCUGGGCGAUGCCUGUGGAGUUUCAAGAUCUGCAGAAGAUAAGGAUACCGUUGGGGAGGUGCGAGGGAAUUGAUUUGGGGAUUUUCGAUGAACUUGUUGAGAGAUCCCGUAUAAUAAGCGACGCGGAACUGGAAGCGCAACCGUUAUGGGAGUACCCGUGCCACUGUCGCGGCGCUCCACGCAAACUUGUAGAGAUUGACCUCCGCUGCCUCAAGCAAACUUACGCUACCGACGAUUCUUUCGCUUUUGAAUCAGACGCGCGUGUGAACGGCUUCGCGCUGUGGGCGGUCUGGAAAGUGGGCGGUAAGGGCAUCAGCGGCGGACCCGUGGGCUACCCCAGCGUUGGGCAGCGCGUGGAGUGGGACACGCAUACUAGACAGGCUGUCAAGAUACUGCAACGGGCCUUCGCGGUGAACCGCGGUGACUCGUGGAGCUACCAGUUGGCCUGCGACCUGGACAAGGGGCAGUUCAACGUGAAACUCGAUCUGCACAUAGCUGAAUGAUUGUCCUAGUUAAUAAAA